AUGGUCACCUUGUGCGCGAUUCAUCUGGUACAGACCCAGUCUAAGUCAAGGAGCACCUGUGUGGGAAGAGGAUCACCUCAGAGCUGUCCACUCCCGGAGCCGUCCACUCCCGGAGCCGUCCAUUCCUGGAGCCGUCUACUCCUGGAGCUGUUCACUCCCGGAGCUGUCCACUCCCGGAGCCGUCCACUCCCGGAGCCGUCCACUCCCGGAGCCGUCCACUCCCGGAGCCGUCCACUCCCGGAGCCGUCAUUUCUGGAGCCAUCCACUCCCGGAGCCGUCCACUCCCAGAGCUGUCCAUUCCCAGAGCCGUCAUUUCUGGAGCCAUCCACUCCUGGAGCCGUCCACUCCCAGAGCUGUCCACUCCCGGAGCCGUCCACUCCCGGAGCUGUUCACUCCCGGAGCCAUCCACUCCCGGAGCUGUUCACUCCCGGAGCCAUCCACUCCCGGAGCUGUCCACUCCCGGAGCUGUCCACUCCCGGAGCCGUCCACUCCCGGAGCCAUCCACUCCCGGAGCUCCCGGAGCUGUCCACUCCCGGAGCUGUCCACUCCCGGAGCCGUCCACUCCCGGAGCUGUCACUGAGCCGUCCACUCCCGAGCUGUUCACUCCGGAGCGUCCACUCCCGAGCUGUCCACUCCCGGAGCCGUCCACUCCCGGAGCCGUCCACUCCCAGAGCUGUCCAUUCCCAGAGCCGUCAUUUCUGGAGCCAUCCACUCCCGGAGCCGUCCACUCCCAGAGCUGUCCACUCCCGGAGCCAUCCACUCCCAGAGCUGUCCACUCCCGGAGUCGUCCAUUUUUGGAGCCGUCCACUCCUGGAGCCGUCCAUUCCUGGAGCGGUCCACUCCCGGAGCCGUCCACUCCCGGAGCUGUCCACUCCUGGAGCCAUCCACUCCCAGAGCCGUCCAUUCCUGAAGCCGUCCAUUCCCAGAGCCGUCCACUCCCGGAGCCGUCCACUCCCGGAGCCGUCCACUCCUGGAGCCGUCCACUUCUGA